GGGGAAGCGCGCUCCGUCGGCCCGCGGAGGUGGAGGGCACGGCCUCCGGGCAUCUUUCCUUCGCAGAGACCAAGGACGAGCGGGCAGGAGAGAGCGGCCGGGAUGGCGCGUCCGAGGCCCCGCGAGUACAAAGCGGGCGACCUGGUCUUCGCCAAGAUGAAGGGCUACCCGCACUGGCCCGCCCGGAUUGAUGAACUCCCAGAGGGAGCUGUGAAGCCUCCAGCAAAUAAGUAUCCAAUCUUCUUUUUUGGUACCCAUGAAACUGCAUUUCUAGGUCCCAAAGACCUUUUUCCAUAUAAGGAAUACAAAGACAAAUUUGGAAAGUCAAACAAACGGAAAGGAUUUAAUGAAGGAUUGUGGGAAAUAGAAAAUAACCCAGGAGUGAAGUUUACUGGGUACCAGGCAAUUCAGCAACAGAGUUCUUCAGAAACUGAAGGGGAAGGCGGAAAUACUGCAGAUGCAAGCAGUGAGGAAGAAGGGGAUAGAGUAGAAGAAGAUGGAAAAGGCAAAAGAAAGAAUGAAAAAGGCUCCAAACGGAAAAAGUCCUAUACUUCAAAGAAAUCUUCUAAACAGUCCAGGAAAUCUCCAGGAGAUGAAGAUGAUAAAGACUGCAAAGAAGAAGAAAACAAAAGCAGCUCUGAGGGUGGAGAUGCUGGCAAUGACACAAGAAACACAACUUCAGACUUGCAGAAAACCAGUGAAGGGACCUAACUACUGUAAUGAGUGCUGCAUAUUAAGAGAGACCACGAGAAGGUUAAAUGUUUGGUUGUGUAAUAUUCUUGGAUUUGAUAUGAACCAACAUAGUCCUUGUCGUCAUUGAUGGAACCCUAGUUUGUGUGCGCGUUAUCCACAUUCCUCUCUGUUCUGUUGGGAAAAGACAUUUUAACCUUUUUUAAGGUUGAUUUAAGUUCAUAUUAUUUGGUUGCAUGAAGUUGCCCUUAACCACUAAGAAUUACCAAGAUUUUUGCACAGACUUCUCCAUGUCUCGGAUCCUUUACCAAGGCAGAAAGUCUUCUUCCUGCCUUUACUCCACCAUCACCAAACACUCAAAUAUUAAUCAGCAUUUUUAGAUGACCACUCAAUAUAAUACUCAAGGAUUGGGUUUACUUUCUACUAGAAUCCAGGAUCCAAUUCCUAGUUAUAUAAUGUUGGUAUACUGAGGAUGAAGUCAAAUUGUCUUUCAGUUUUGAGGCCGUGUGUAAACUUUAACCAUGUUGUACAAUCUCUCUUCCAUAUUAGAAACAGCUAGUCAACAACUAGAACUUCUCAAAACUCAUGUGAUGUACACAAACUGAGUUUUUAAAAGUGACAUUAGUUGAGGCUUUUAUGGUAUACCAGAAUAAAUGCAAUGAUUCACUUUUCCCCCAAUGCCAUUUCAAUUUGAGCUGAUCACUGGAGGUGGUCACUUCACGCUCUAAGGCUGAAACCAGCAGUGCCCCUGUGGGAAAGCAGCCAGCGCAUUGACGUAACGAUGAACCUUUAAGUAAACCGUUUUCUUUUGGAACUAGAAUUAGAAUAGUUAAUAUUCAUCUGAAAACCAUUACUAUGUGUACAUGAUUGUUGCUAUUGUGAUAAUAGAGAAUUUUAUUUAUUUUUAUGCCAGCUUAUAGUGUGAAAACACAUUUAGUCAGUUUGGGUUUUAUCAAUCCUGUUAUGCUUGUCCUUGAAACAUCUUUCACGUAUUCGAGGUUUGUAGUUGAAAAGUUUACUGUAAAAAAAAAAAAAAUCAAAAACAAAAAAAAUAUGUAUUGUUUUUACAGAAUAAAUUUAUUGGAAUGUGUACUGGGAGUAAGAUUUGAGGUUGUAAACAACUAAGUUAGUGUAAUUUGGCUUCAUAUAUGUAAUGUGAAGUAUUAAUGUAAUUCAUAUAUUAAAGCAAAAAUUGUUAACAGCAAGUUGACAAUAGAAUCAAGUGCAGGUGAGGAUUUUCUUUUUCUUUCCUUUUUUAAAAAAAAUUAGGUUUUAUCUGGUUUUUAGGUUAUUUGAAAACAUUGGGAGCAUUGGAAAGGAAUGACAACAUGAUUUGCCUGCACAUCUAAGAAAGUACUUACCAGCUCAGUGACCCUAAGUUCACAUGAUAAUUCUAUGCAUGCAUUAAUUUGCAUCCCAUUUUCUUUGGGUUUUCUUACUUUGGUGUUGAGCUAAUGAACAUGAAGAGAAAAUGUAAGAAGACCUAAAAGCUUAGAGCCAUUGGUAAUGACGAUGGUGAUGGGGGCUGAGGAUCUGAAGGCACCGGUCUGCUUACCACUGCAGGCACACUGAGGAGGCAGCUAUGCUUCUGUUUUGUUUCUGUCAUAUAGAAAAUACCAUUUUCUCUAUUUUACUUGCAUAAUUCCAAAUGAAAAGUUCUUUAUGAGACAGGAUGUUAAUCCAGUUCUUUUCCCUUAAAGGGUACUUGUAAAUUUGUGAAUAUUUUAUUUUAACAUUAAUGAAAUUCAUCAAAAGACCUCUUCAUUACUCAUUCUAAAGCAUAAGGAGAAUAUAGAUGACAUUUUGAAUUGAAACAGAUUUCCUAAAUAAGCCAAAAUUUAUCAUGAAAAAUAUAUAUGUAAAGUGUAUCAAAUUUAAUAAGGUUUGUCUUCAUAAAAGGUCAAAAAUAAUUUUAUUAAAAAUACACACAGAAAUACAAUAAAAAUAUUGCCAGCCACCAAUAAAAUAAUUACUCAUUAAGGGUAAUGAGCAAGUUGACUUAUACCAUGUUAGCUAUUUAGGUUCACACAAAGUUUUAGUAAAAGCAAUUUUGAAACAACAGUAAAUAAUAUACUUUCCUUGGGAAGACAUUUUUCAAACAGCAUUUAAAAAUACUCUAAUCUGCCUUUUAUAUUAAGGUUGAAAAUAAAGCAUAUACAUUUUAUAUGCAGAAAUAAUACUCCAGCCUGUGAUUUUUGUUUUGAAUUGUUUUAUAUGCAUAGACCAGAUUCACUUCUGACUAGUUUCAUUUUUAUGCUAUUUGUAGGCACUAGAAUUGUAGUUUUCAUUCAUAUGUGCAACAGAAUGUUGAGAUAGAUUUAUUCACAGAUAAAUGUGAUAUAUUUCUUUAAAUAAAUUGCUUCUUCAAUUUUCAUUCAAAAAAGGAAAAUUAACCUACUCAAUACCAUUGUUCUUGCUGUUCACACAUACAAUGCAAACAAGAACCUGUGCUUUCUUAAAUAUUCAUGGGUGGAGAAGGGAGCAGAGUGAGGCAAAAUAGUAGUACCAGUAUAAUGAGUCCGUAAUCUCGAGGAAGCACAUGAAGUGUAAUUUUAUUCCACUUUUUCAUCUGCCUUUGUUUUUAUGAAGAACUCUGGUUUGUAGAUACAACGAUAGGCCAAGAGCUGAGGAAGAACUCCAUAUGCUACGUUUAAUGCUAAGAAAAGGAUUUUCGCUUCUUCAGGGACUCUGUAGACAUAAGCAGUUCUCGCAUGAAGGGAAGCACCAAUGUGAGAGAACUGAGCCUGUUACAGUAAAACAAAACAAAACAAAACAAAACAAAGAGUAGAUAAGCACGAAAUCUGUGUUCUCUUGGAUCAAUGCAUUCUGAGAGGCUCAUUUAGACCACGUUUCUGUGCCCUCAAAACCUGCCUCACAGGCACAGCAACUUCGUUCCACAGACUUCAUAUAUUGGUCUUUCCUUAAGUUUAAGACCAUUCUUGAUAUAACUAUUCAAAUAAAGUAUACUUUCUUAAGUGUGGUUUUUGUCAUGCCAGUUGUGUUUUUUAAUCUAUCUACUGACCCAUAUCAAGCAUUAGUUACUCUAUUCAGUAGAAAAAUCUGAAUGAAAUCUCCAUUUUAUUUUUUUCUUAAAUUCUGGAAAAUCCUACAAAGACUUAGCUGUGUCUCACAAACUGUUCCAAUAAAAAGAAGUCCUGCGUUUAAGAAGCUUAAGUUCAGUUAGCAUUCCAGGCCAUUUAAAGCAAAGCACCAGGGACCUUAGCUUCACCUGUCAGUCUUUUCACUGCUGAGAGCAAGACCUCAACCCUCUCACGCAUUUUCCAAUUGACUCCUGUACUUGUUUUAUGCAGUUUGUUAACACUGGGGUUUUUUUUAUAAAGUUGUUCACAACUUGAUGGUGGGUAGGAGGAGUAUGACUACUUUAUAAAAUGACAGACACACGGGCACAUACUGUAGCUUGUCAGCAUAAUCUGAGUUUCAGCAAAGGCGAGGGCCUCCCUCUGUUUUCGUACACACAGACAUUCAUAAAUGUGCCAGCUGCAUUUCACUUGGGUUGUUUGUUUUUGAUACUUUUACUAACUAAGCACAGCGGAAAACUAUAGUACAGGCCAUAGCAGGAUUUAAAGCUCCUAUAUUUCCUCAUUGCAGAAUGCAAAGCCCAAUUCUGUAUGUUCUUGUCUUGCUGAAAUUCAAGAUACACAUGAAUAAAGGAUGGAGAAUUGGGAAUUCAGACAUAAUUAGUUGUGAAUUGUUAGUUCGCUGGGAUUAAAGUACAAUCUAAAUACACAGAAGUGUAAGAAUGAAUCACUAAAUAAUUCAUUUUAAAUAUAUUUCCAUUUCCUUUCAUGUGAAGUCAAUGAAUUCUAAGUGGUUAGAUGAAAGCUCGAUUACCAUUUGACUUUAUCAUCACAAGACAAGGGCAAGCUUUUACAAGCAGUGUGUUUAUGAAUUUCUAUGGCCAAUAUUUUAAUGGGCUACAAUUUUACAAAUUACUGAUAUAUUCUGGAUACCUCCAGUACAUUUUUGCUCCUCUCUGGAGAUUGAAAUGUUGACAAGGACCAACAAGUGGAUUAUCUGCAUUGUGAUCCAUGGGCACUCAGAGGGCUCUGCCCUCAGACACUCUCCCUGGGCCAGAUGCCCAAAUGACCCAGCAACGUUUUUGCCUCUCUGGGCUCCAAGGACAAAAGUCCUUGAGAAUAAAUAGCACUUUGGGUACUGCCUUGAGGAGCUGCUGUUGUGGACAUUCAAUGAACUCUCAACAGGAACUUGGCUCCUGGCAGUAUUUUCCCUAGGACCUAUUUUGAAUAGCUGUUUUUCUGAAUAUAUAACUAGACUUUUCUUCUGGACUAGAGGCCAGUUUUGAACCCUGGUUUUGUCAUAAAUGUGGGUUUAGUGGCUCUAUCUUUAUAGACAGUUGUACACAUCACAAAAUCACCAGAAAAAAACAAAAUGACACUCAUACUUAAAGAGAAUAAGUAACAGGACAGUUGUGUGGACUUGUGUAGGGAGCCUGCCUAAAAAGUCUGCUUCUGUGGGCCCUUUCCUGCACUGAGUAGUGCAGUUAAUACCUCAUUUUCAUGAACAGUAAGCUCAUGGCAACAUUAAAAAAUGAUUCAUAUCUUUAGAUUGUAAGCCCACUGGGCAGGAACUGUGUCUAAUGUUUUGUGUGGCAUCUAUCACAUUGUUAGAGCUCAAUAAACGUUCAACAACAA